AAAUAAAGGCAUGCGAAAGUGGUGAAAUCAGUUGUUGUGUUUGUGUUUUGUUUUGUCAAAACUGCUUAGUUUUUAAGGUGUUGUGUUGUCAUCAUAUAUUUUGGUGAAGAAACCAUAAUAAUGGAGGCUAUAUUCCAUGAAAAGCAAGAAGGCUCACUCUGUGCCCAACAUUGUCUGAACGCUCUGCUGCAAGGCUCAUACUUCACAGCUGUAGAUUUAGCCGCCUUGGCACAAGAAAUGGACGAAGCGGAGAGACUGAGAAUGGCAGAGAGCGGAGUUGACAGCGAAGACUAUAGAAGGUUUUUAGAGCAACCAUCAGGAAACAUGGACGACAGUGGGUACUUCUCAGUCCAAGUUAUAAGUAGCGCUCUGGAACUGUGGGGUCUUGAAAUGAUUCCCUACAACAGCUCAGAACCUCGAGCUGUAGAGGCUCAAAACAACCCUGCAGAUCAGAAGGCGUACAUUUGCAACUACAGGGAUCAUUGGUUCACCAUCCGACGACUCGCUAAUCAGUGGUUCAACCUCAACUCUCUGCUGACUGGGCCUGAACUCAUCUCCAACACCUAUCUCGCCAUGUUCCUAGCUCAGCUGCAGCAGGAAGGGUACUCGAUAUUCCUGGUGUAUGGAGAGCUGCCAGUGUGUACAGCUGAUGAGGUGUUGCUACUGACACCAGCUGUGCAAGUACACAAACCCAAGCUGCUCUCUGAGGUGGUCAAGUCCCAGUCUCAAUCCCAGGAGUCUGAAGACUCUGAACUGCAAAAAGCCAUAAGGAUGAGCCUUGGUCAAGAUGAGGUUGUGGACCUUGCUGCUUCAGAAGAUGAUGAGGAGGAACAGAUUAGAAAAGCCAUGCUUCUCAGUCUCCAAUCUCAACCUACAACACACCUACCUGAAGUGGACCCUGUGGAGCUGCGGCAAAGAAGGCUCGCAUACCUGGAGAGCGCAGGGACAAAAGUCAACACGUAGUAGCAAUCCAUAGCUAACUGCUGUACUGUACAAAUUGGUGUAGAUUCACUUUUAUCACCGGUGUUCAGCCCAACCUGCCAAUAACUGGUUCCAGGCAAUCUUUGUAUAUUCGAAACUAACCUGUUAAUAUCUAUGUAAAUGUAUUUUAAAUUAUUGUUGAUAAAUUUCCUCUUCCA